CUGGUUUCCAUAUAGCCGUAAGGCUGCCUGCGACUGCCUGCGACUGCCUGCGACUGCUUUCUGCCAUCUUCCAUCUUCCACCCUUACAGUAGCGCCGGCAAAUGGAAACGUUCUGUUUUCAAUUGCCUGCGGUAUCGGUAACUAUGCCGGUAACUAGGUAAAGUUUGAGCGGGAAAAACUGGCGGGCAAAAUUCAACAACAAAGCCCUGUUUCAAUUGGUUCUUGCACAUCACAUGAUCCGUUUGAACAAAAGAAUGCCGCAGGCAGCCGCAGGCAAGGCGCUGCCGUAAGAGCCGGGAAAAGUUGAACUCGUUCAACUUUCUCCCGGCUCUCCCGGCAGUCUUACGGCACUUCAAACAGCUGCCUGCGGUACCGUUAGAAAGCGUUUCCAUAAAGAAUUAUCUGCCGGCGAUACCGUAGGGAUGGAAGAUGGAAGAUGGCAGAAAGCAGUCGCAGGCAGCCGCAGGCAUCCUUACGGCUAUAUGGAAACCAGGCUUAAGUAAAAGAACAGGAAGCUAACCAAAUACGGCGUCAUGUUAUUCGUGCCUCAAGGGUUAUACAAAUUUUUAUGCAGAAGUGAUGCAAGGACAAGCCAACGUCAAACCUUGGUUGGGACCCCUAAAUUGACGCAAUAUGAUUGGAAGCAUAACGCUUGUAAUAUUAUAAAACGAUCAAGCUGAUGUACUAUAUAGAUUAUACGUGAAAAUGCAUUAUAUUAUUUAUCGAUUCAUAUAUGCAAAAUUCGUUAUUUGUUCCAUCGCACAUGUGGUAUUCAUUCAAUCAGAUAUCGGGACACCAGUUAUUGCAUCAUAUAUCUCACUUUCAUGAAUACAAUUUUUUGCGUAUUUGUGCGCAAUAUUAAAUGGCAGAUGCAACUAGUAAAAUGGAAUUGCCGGUACUUGAAUAGUAGCUUGCGUGACGACUCUGUUGACAAAAUUGAAAAAAGGAGAGAAAGUAGAGUCUGCGAAGCUGAUCCGAUUUUCUUGUUCACAGGUUUCUAAAAUUCAAGUAACCGAAUUUGAUUGGUUGGGUGGAUUUCAAUUGUUUUUUCAGUUUUUAAAUUGGCGCCUUCGAUCAGAAGUACAAAUGAAUGGUAUCAGGAUAAUAGAAUAGGUCUGUUUGUUCUUUUGAACAACUAAAAUUAAAGAAAAGCAUUGCACGCUAAUGGAGUUGUUGUUCUAGUGCUUAGAAUAAAAUGUUGAUUUGGCCAUUCAAUUUCCAUGGCCAUUCAAUUUCCCAUUGAUUGGACUAUACAAUAGAUCUAUCGUUAAGUGUCAAAUCGGCAACGUAAAUGUGAUUCCCCAAUCAUAUCACGCCACAGAGGUAACCCUAAACGGUGCACUGACAGAACGUUGUGCUUCUAGAACUGAGGUUGGAUAGAGAUACCAAGAAGAUUCCAAUAUUCUGCUCAGUUGCCGAAGGAAAGAAACCCGAAGGAAAGAAACCCAAAGGAAAGAGCAAGCGGUAACAAAAAUCGCGGUUAUUAACAACUUUAAAGAUGGAUCAAAGAACAGCAAACGAGUUGAAAGAAUCAGCAGCGAAUUUGACCAUGCAUGGAUUCGGAAGAUUGCUGUCGACCAAAUCAAAGGCAAUGCGAUGCAUCUGGCUGUUGCUAAUGCUUUUCUUUGUAUCGCUUGUAAUUUUGACAGUGACGCCAACAGUACGGAGAUACUUCAAAAGCCCGUCUUUAACAAAAGUAGAAACUGUUAGGGUAUCUGAAAUGAAAAUGCCAGCCAUAACUGUAUGCGGACCAAGCUUUAGUAAAGCUAAAGUCACAAAUUUUGCAAAGGAGAAAAACCUAACCGUCAAAUAUAACCGGAUUGGACUUAUAGACAACAUCGAUGACAUAUUAGGGAGAGCCUCCUCUCUAGAAGAUCUAGCAUUUGAUAACAACACCAUGUUUAUUAUCAACCCUGACGAAAAUGACAUUGCCAUCGAAAGAGUGCUUGUGGCCAACCAAGGUUACUGCUACAAAGUAAAUGCGAAUGGAUCUUUCGUACAACGCUCGACUGAUAUCGAGAAAUUUCUUUUCAUAGGAUUGUUCCUAAAUAUAUCAGAUGGAGUAUAUUUACGCAGGUCUACAACGGACUCCGUUGAAGUGAACAUACAAGAUCACAGACAACUUCCAUCACGGGAUUCUGGGACGGUUCUUGCUCCAGUAGGUCAUCUGACCUCUAUUGAAAUUAAAAAAACUGAAAUUAAGAGGCUAAAACCUCCGUACCCAUCAAAAUGCACAAAUGGCGAAAACUUGAGACUGCUUUUCAAAGGUGACUAUUCGAUUAGCAAUUGCCGACUGUCUUGUUUCCUUAUCCAAGUUUCACAAAAAUGUUCUCGUAUCCACUUUUUUGAUAGCAUCCUUUUACCAAAGGCGAUGAGAAAGCCGCUCGCAAGAAAUGAAAGCGAAUUAUCAUGCACUUAUUCAAUUCACGAAAGCCUCUAUAAUUCGAAUUACGCUUCCUGCAACUGUGAACUACCGUGUACAGAAACAAGAUACAAUAAAUAUUCAUCAUCUGCAAAGCUAACAUCUUCUGAUCCAAGUAUCCAUAAGCACAUCGUGGCUAUUAACGUCUUCUUUGGGGGUAUGGAGUAUGAGAAAAUAACUGAACUUAAAAUGUAUACUACUGAAAGGUUCGUUGGAGAAAUUGGAGGCCAGAUGGGAAUAUGGAUUGGUGCAUCAAUUUUUUCUUUAUUUGAGCUGAUUUAUUUGUUCGUCCAGUUUGCGGGUGUUUUGUGCCGGAAGAAGAGAAGGAAAUCUUCUAACCUCGAUAAAGGGAUGUCAAAAGAAGCGAAUGAUUCUGUUUUAUGAGGUCGUCA